UGCGGAAAUUCAAAUGCUAGGAGGAAGGCAACGCUGGGAGUGGAAGAGAAAUGGCUGAAGAAGGAGCUGUGACUGUUUGUGUGCGAGUGCGCCCGCUCAUUGCCCGGGAAAAUGAAGACCUUGAUGACAAAGGGCAGGUGGCAUGGAAAAGCGAAGAAUGCACUGUGUAUCAAACAGAUGGCACCAAGUCUUUUACAUUUGAUCAAGUGUUUCAUUCAGAAGACAGUACUGCAGAAGUCUAUCAGGGAGUGGCUGCUCCAAUUAUAAAGUCAGCUGUCCAGGGCUACAAUGGAACAAUUUUUGCUUAUGGCCAAACAGCAUCCGGUAAGACCUACACAAUGUUGGGCACACCCAAUUGUCCUGGCAUCCUACCAAUGGCAAUUCAUGAUGUCUUCAAUACAAUCUGCAGAAUUCCCAAUAGAGAAUUCCUACUCCGUAUAUCAUACAUGGAGAUUCACAAUGAGACAAUUCAAGACCUGCUUUGCAGUAACAUCAGGAAAAAGAGGCCUUUAGUUGUCCGUGAAGACAUCAAUAGGACAAUUUUUGUUGAAGACCUGAUGGAAGAAGUAGUGGUUUCUCCAGAUCAAGUAAUGGACUGGUUACAGAAAGGCGAAAAAAACAGGCACUAUGGAGAAACUAAAAUGAAUGAAAGAAGCAGUCGCUCUCAUACAAUUUUUAGAAUGAUCAUUGAGAGUAAGGAAAAAGAUACUGGCAGCUCAAGCUACGAAGAUGCUGUCAUGGUCUCUCAUUUGAAUUUAGUGGAUCUCGCAGGUAGUGAAAGAGCAAGCCAGACAGGUUCUGAAGGAAUUCGAUUUAAGGAAGGUUGCAAUAUAAACCGGAGCCUUUUCACCUUGGGUCAAGUAAUCAAGAAACUUUGUGAUGAUCAAUCUGGUGGCUUCAUUAACUACAGGGACAGCAAACUGACUCGCAUUCUGCAGAAUUCACUGGGUGGAAAUGCUAAGACUGUUAUCAUCUGCACAAUUACUCCUGCAUCUCUGGAAGAAACUCUUAGUACGCUUCAGUUUGCCAGAACAGCUAAAAAUAUGAAAAACACUCCCAAAGUUAAUGAAGUUCUUGAUGAUGAGGCCCUUCUGAAGAGGUAUCGUAAAGAAAUAGAAAACUUGAAACGCCGCCUGGAAGAAGUCUCAACUCACUCUCACACCAAAGACGAGAUUGCUCAGUUACUGGAAGAGAAGGACUCGCUUCAAAAGCAGCAGGAGGACAGGAUCAGAGCUCUGACCGAGAUGCUUGUGACAGCAUCUUCUUUUUCACAAGAACAAGAGGCAAAAGCUAAAAGGAAGAGGAGAGUUACAUGGGCUCCUGGAGCAAUAAGCAAAGCAGCAGGGGUGUGCUUCUUAGAAGACCUCCCUAGUACAAGCAAACGGAUUAAAUUUUCUUUACCUGCUCUCCCAGAGAUGGAAGAAUCUGUGUCUUCGGUGUUCUCAGAAAGUGACAAUCUGGGAGUCGCAGCAGCCAAUGAAGUUCAGCCCAAAGAAGAGUGGAUUCCAGCCUCUGAAAUCAAUUUUACUGCUGGAGAUUUAGUGGAGUCUGUCGAGCUUUGUGAAUCUCUUUUAGAAGAGAGGAAUGAGGCUGUCAUCCAACAGAAAACUAUGAAAAGAAAACUAAAAAAUUUGCAGCUGGAGAAUGAUCAGCUGAAAUGUGAGCUUAGAGAACUGAAGGAAAAAAGGUCAAUUGAGGAGUUUGAGGCUUUUGAAAAUGAGACGGCAAAAGAGCAAGAGAUGCAACUAAUGCAUGAAAUUUCCAUCUUAGAAUCUAGAAUUCAAAAUGCAGAAGUUUACAAUCAAGAACUUCAGGAAGAAUUAAAGUCAAAAGACUUGCAGCUGAAGGAGCAAGAGAGUAAAAUAAAAAUGUUAGAGAACAAAGUGGCUGAGCAAAGAAAUCUCAUGGCAGACUUAAAUGCUGAAAAUGAAAACAGAGACAUGUCCACCUCGAUAAUAUCAAAUAAAGGGAUGGAUGAAAUGCAGCAAGUGAAACAGUUUCUCAGUGAUGUUGAAACCGUUGCACUUGAUGCUAAGAAAGAAUCUGCAUUCCUCAGGAGUGAGAACAUAUCACUAAAGGAAAAAAUGGCACAGCUCUUGGAGACCAGCAACCAAAUGGAAAAAGACCUUGAGUGUUGCAGAAGACAGUUAGAAACUGGGAAAGUCAUGUACAAAAAAAUGCAGACUGACUUGCAGAAAGAACUUCAGUAUUACUUCCAAGAGAAUGCAAAGCUGAUCUCACUUUUGGAGGAUAAAGUUCCCAAAGACCUAUUAUCUUGUAUAGAAUUGGAAAGAAAGAUCGAAGAUUUAAAAAAUGAACUGAAUAAAACUCAAGAACAGAAUACUGAUUUAAGGAAAGAAGUAACAGGGUUCUCAGAGGCUGCCUCAGGACAUGACCUUGAAAUCUUGCAGAAAGAGAUUCUUGAAAAAUCUGAGAUAAUCGCUUCACUGUCCUCCGAAAGAGAAGGGUUGCUUUCCCAGGUAGCUGAAAAAGACCGUCUGCUCCAGGAAGCGACUGAUGCGUUAAAAUCUGAAAAGGAUUUUGCAAAUGCUGAAGUGAUGACAGAAGAUGACGCGGCUUUUCAUGAACUGAAGCAUCAGCAUGAUGAAUUAAGUCAAAAAUUUAUGAUUGCAUCAGAAGAGAGCAAAGAAAUGAAAAGCAAAGUGGAUCUUCUAUCUGUUGAAAAUCUUGAACUGAACAAAGCUGUUAGCAAUCUCACCCAAGAACUUUCCAGAAAAAUCAAAGAAUUGCAGGAGAAUGACUUGGGACAAAAGGAAUUCUUCAGUCUGAAAGAACAACUUGAGGAAGCUCAUCAGAAGCUAAAUGAAAUGGAGCAACUCAAAGAGCAGUUGAAAGCUUGGGAGUCUAAGAUGGAGAUUGCAGAGACAGAGAAGCAAGCCAUCACUCAGAGACUUCACAAUAGUAAAGAGGAAAUAACAGCAUUGACCCAAGAAAGAGAAGACCUGAAACAGAAGCAGGAGGCUCUUAAGCAGGAAAGAGACGAGAUCAAGGCAGACAUAGAGGAAACAGUGUCAAUGAACAUUGAAGUUCAGGAAGAACUGAGAAAGGCUCAUGAAUCUUUGAGGCAAUAUCAGGAUCACAUUAAAGAACUGGAAGAAACUAUUGCAGCAAGAGAGAGAGACAUGUCAGAUGUCAAACAGUCUCUGGGAAUCACCAUUGAAGAACAGAAGCAACAGCUGUCUCUUAAGACGCAAGAGCUGCAAGAUAAAGAGAAGAAGCUGGAGGAGUUGUGUGGGUUAAAACAACAGCUUAGUGAAUCCCAGUGGGAACAGAGUGGACUGGACCAACUGUAUGAAGAGCUUAAGGUGGAAAAAAUGGAGAAGCUGGAAAUGACCCAAAGACUUGGUUAUAGUGAAGCGGAAAGAGUCGCCCUAACCCAGGAAAGAGAUGAUUUGAGGAAAAAGUGGGAAGCGGAGAGAGAGGCUUUCAGAGAUCUUGAGAAAGAAACCUCCUUAAAGAUGCAGAAACUACAGGAAGAGUGUCUUCAGCUGAAGCAAAGUCUCGAAUUAAGAGAAGAGCAGAGGCAAAAAGAUGAAGAAAGGUUAAAUGAAAUAGGGCGGCUCAAGGCCACAAUUGAGUCCAAAAUGGAAGCCAUGGAGAAGGAGAAAGCAGAGUUGGCUCAGAAACUUGACACUACCAUGGAGGAUAUGAGAUCUGUGACCAUGGAAAAGGAGAAUCUGAAAAUCGCACUAGAGGGUCUUCAAGCUGAUAAGAACUGCAUGAUUCAAACCUUACAUCAUUUGAGCGAGACUGUAGACAAGACAGUUUCAAGUAAUUUGCAUCUGCAAGAGCAACUCCAACGUGCUCACAAUACUAUUGAUGAACAUACUAAAACAGUGGCAGAACUGAAAGCAGAAACCAUGGAUAAAGAUUCUUGGACUUCAAAACUUCAGGAAACAUUGAAGCAAGAGACUGGGACAGAAAUGGAGAACUUGCAAGCACAAAUCCAACAGCAAGAAGAGAAGAUUAAUAGUAUGAAGAACAUUAUUGAUGAGAAAACACAUCUACAUCAGAAAUUGGAAUCCAAAUAUUUAGAAGAGAAUGAACAGCUAAGAAAGAAUAAUUCGCAACUGCAAGAGCAACUGCAAAAGGCUCACAGUGCUAUUGAAAUACAUAUAAAAAAAGUGGCAGAACUGAAAGCAGAAAUCGUGGAUAAAGAAUCUUUGACUUCAAAACUUCAGGAAAUGUUGAAGCAAGGGGCUGGGACAGAAAUGGAGAACUUGCAAGCACAAAUCCAACAGCAAGAAGAGAAGAUUAAUAGUAUGAAGAACAUUAUUGAUGAGAAAACACAUCUGCAUCAGAAACUGGAAUGCAAAUAUUUAGAAGAGAAUGAACAGCUAAGAAAGAAACUGGAUGAACAAUUAAGCUUGCAUAUAAGUGAAAAGGAGAGAUGGGCAGCUGAGCUUAGACACCAAACAGAAAGACAGCAGCAGGUAACAAAGGAGAGUUCUUUGCUUCAGGAAAAAGGAGUGAAACUUCUGCAGGACUUGCAGAGCCUUAGAGCAGAAAAUGACCAACUUCGAGAAAGCAUGUUCGAAUAUACUGCAAAGUUUCCUGAAACAAGUUUCAGUGAGGUGCAACAAGAUGUCAUUAAAAGCUUGGAUGCAAAAAUAUCAAGGAUAAAGGAAGUUCUAAAGACAUUCUCAUGCCUUGAAAAGAGAUCGGAGUGUCUUAAAGCAGUAUCUCUUCAAAUUAAAUGUGAAUUUGACCAGCAGAAAUCUGUAGUAGCAAAAGGAGUUGUUGAUCUUUCACCUCAACAAGCAAAAGAUGUCAAAUGGCUUCAGAUGGAACAUGAGCACAUAACAAACAGCAUUUACAGCUUGUUGAAUAAACUUCAGUUCAAUUUCACCCGCUUAUGCAAAAAGAGAGCCCAAUACUACACUAAAGUGAGUACAUACACCUCAGAGCUACUUGACGAGAGAAGAAAACAACUUGAGCUGCUGACACAGAUUCAUCAUCUCAAAAAAAGUUAUUUCAAUCCACCCACAGUGAUGUCCCACCAGUUGAACAUCUCUGAACUGAACCAGUACCUGGAUCUAUACACAGAGAAAAUCUUGAAAGACAUUUCGGAAAUGGAAGAAGAACUUUGUAGUAUAGAACAAAAGCUAACGCAAUUGCAGAAUGGUGAUAAUGAAUCAAAACAGUAUUUGGAACGUUGUUCGAUUCAUUUUAACGUACAAGAUUUUGAGGCAGGCGUCAAGCAAUUAAAGGAAAGAUUCGUGCCAGUUGGCCAGUUCCUGAAUCCCAAAACUCAGGCCUAUGCUCAAGCUAAAAUAGAGCUGGACACAAGAAACACUGACUACUGCAAAGAAACAGAAGCUGCCUUGAAAGCCUGCAGAGAGCAAACCAAGGAGCUGCUUCUAGAACUGAGUACACUUAAGGAAGAGGAAGAGAUUAAAGAAAAGCAAAAUAAUUCUUACGAUGCUACUCUUGCACGAAUACAAAAAAAUCAUCAACUUGAAAAUGAACUAAAAGCAGCAGAGGUGGACAUAAAGAAUCUAAAGCUAAAAAUCCAAGAGCUAGAAAAUAGAGGAAGUGAAGCAGAGAUGAUUCUCCAGGAGAAGGAAAAAAGAAUAGCCAUAUUGCAAAUGGAACUUAAUGUGAGGACGUCCAAGAAUGAAGUGCCCAAGCUUAAGGCUGCAUUAGAAGACAAAGAAAACUACUUAAGAAAUGUACUGAUGGAGAUGGAAACACUCAAGACCAAGCUAAGUAAAGGUGCUGAAUUCUAUAAGGAGGAAAUUGAAGACCUCAAAACGAAACUUGUAAAUGCUGAUAUGGCAAGAACAAAGCAGUCCAGGCUCUUUGAGCAGGAGAUGGCAAAUGCCAAAGCUCUCACUGAACAUAAAGAACAUCAGUUAAGGAAAUUAAAGGAAGAGCUCCGCAUCAUGCAACAAGAUGAAGAUGUGACUGUACUGUCAAGCAAAGACCUUCCUCAGCCACCUCUGCCAAUCACCUAUGGUGGCGGAAGUGGCAUCGUACAAAAUACUCAACUGCUUAUGCUGAAAAAUGAGCAUGCAAAGCUGGAAAAGAAAUAUAGUCAGCUUCAAAAAGAACAUGAAGUUGUGUUGGUGAAUGUGACUGGCUUGAAAGAAGAAGUUACUAAAUGGAAGGAACGAGCUUUGAAGAAAAGGUCACAUUUCCCAAGAGACAUUAAGGAAGAGCACAUACCGAAAUCUCCAAAGAAGACAACACUUCCCUCGAAUACAGAGCUGCCAUCUUCUCCCAUUUGGAAACAAAUUCUGAAUCCAGUUUUACCACCAAACACUUCCACUGCUGCACCUUCAGGUGGCUUCAGCUUCUUUAAUGACCCAUGCCAAGGAAAUCUAACAGACUCAAGAUCUACAACAGCAGAAACUACAGAAAACAAUCUUAAACAUUGGGUUGCAACAGCAGAUCAAGACACUCCUUCUAACUGUAAAACUCAAUAGAAACCAGGCUGCUUUGUGGAUUUGAAAGAUACUCCAUGGUUUCAGGCUUCUGUGUACUGAAGAAGAUAACUUUGAUUGUUUACUUUAUCUCAUUUCCAUGUCACUGUUUCAUUCUCCUCCCUCCUUUUUUUGACUAUUAUAGAUUGCAUCUUAAUAUGUUUAAAUAAAGACUCAUUUUUUAUAUUUAUGUAUCUGUUAAAUGUGUGCAUUUGCAUAUCUGUUAUGCAUCUUGUGUAAAAAAAUAAAAACCAUGUUUAUAUUUGUUUAAGCUAAA